AUGCUGCUUGGGGCCACGCACCUCUCGCACCGCACUUUGGCCGCCAGCGCGUAUGCCACGACGCGGAAGGGGCUGGUUGGUGCGUGCUGGCGCGAGGAGGCACAAAGCCCGGGGCGGGCCGCCCACGCCCCAGAGCAGCGCACGCCGCGUGGAAGGGGGCCUGUGCGUGAGUCGUGCCACUCGCCGGAAUACGCACCCACGCUGAGGCCUUCCCAUCACCCCUCCCAGAACGAGGCAGCAGCACAACAAAGGAAGUCAAAGUUUGUCCCCCAGACACCCAACACUCCAAUUCGAAUGCGGUUCGUUGCUAACACCCACAAAGAAGCGAACACACAAAAGCCAUACGGCCGUGGCACCCGGUUUAGUUCCGAACCCACGCAGCGACAGUCGUGA